AUGCCUAUUGCAUUUAAAAAAUUCAUCUAUCACUUGAAACUAUACAGCCGUUUUGCUGCAUUAAAUAAAAAAGAGCUCAAGCAAGAAGAGCCUGAAUUUCAAGCACUACCUGAAGUAAAGACAAUCUCUGCUGAUUUUGAAAGCAAAAGUUGUAGAUACAAGCUUAUUACUUUUGUAAAUAAUGCGCUAGUAGUUGAAGCAGAAAGAAGGCUGUCGAACCAAACCUUUAUCAAUACAAAAAAUAAGGAUGAGACUUUGGGAAGCAUAUCGGUUUCUAUAAGUAAGCAAAAAUGUGGUGAAUGA